AGCCACGCUCAUUUCCGCGUGGAAGGAGAGUUGCUGUCCAUUAUCAGAGAAAAACAAGGAAACAUAGUCGUAUGUUGAUGUGAAUGAAAGCGGUUUACGUCAAGUCUGCAUUGCUGUUAAGUGCGUUUGAAUAGAUGGGCGAUCGGUUUUUAAACCAAUACAGCUCUUGCUUGUUCUCGCUUAUACUAGACGACAGAGUUACAGCAAGAAACGGAGAGGAUCCAUUGAGAUGUGCUGUCUCGUUCACAGCAAAGAACGUCUGCAUCCUGGCUCGUUGUGGUCAGUGUGCAACAUAAGAUACCAAACACUGGACUUUGAAGAAGCUGCUGGCUCAGCAGAAAUUAACUGCUUUCCGUUCUCUCCGUUUGUGUGGCUCUGGAAGACAGAUCGCUGGAGUUCAUGAGAUCCAGGCUGAGGCAGAGCCCAAGUCCUGCUAGUGACAGUAUGAGGCAGGUCAUGUUUGGAAUCCACCACAAUGCCCUGGCCUAUGCCAUGACCACGCUGGGUGCUGGUAUGAUGAACAGCAUUUUCAGCUUCUACUAUGUCAAGCUGUUUUUGAACAAGUACAAGAUCUCUGAGGGAGCAUUCCACCAAUCACAAGUUGUCUACAUGAUCUGGAAUGCAGUGAACGAUCCCUUAUUUGGAUACAUUCAGGACAACUCCAGAGUCCCCUGCUUUUCCAAACGGAGGCUGUCUAUUCUUUAUGGGGCUCCGUUCUAUGCACUGACCUUCCUCCUUGCCUGGUUUCCAUGGAGAUCGUACGAGGCAGGCGAUUGGCUGAGCGGAGUGCACCUCAUCGUGACCCUGUGUGCCUUCGAUGGCAUGCUGACCUUCGUUUUGCUGGCCCAGUGCGCUCUCUUUGCAGAAAUCUCGACCCAUCACGAGAACAGACUGACACUCAUCAAGUACAACCAGGUGGCCUCUCUGAUCGGCUCCUCCAGUGUCUUGUUCUGCGGACUGGUGUCAGAAAACAUGGAUAACUUUGCCAACUUCCAGAGCUUCGCGGUGGUGGUGGCACUGCUGGCUUGCACCUGCAUGCUCUACACGGGGUUCCAGAGUACGAGCCCAUAUGAUUGCCUGGCGUCAAAGGCCACCAACAAGGCCGGACAGAGAGACGGGGCGGCCCUGUCGUUGUCUUCAGUGUUCUGCAUGACCAAACAGAUCUUGACCCAAAAAGACUUUGUGCUUUUUGUCUCCAUGAACUUCUUCCAGGUCUUCCUCCUGGCUUUCUGCAACAACUUCACCAUGAUCUUCGCGGAGCAUCUCAUCCCCCAGAACGUCCUUCCUUCCUUUGUCAAGAGCAUCAUGUACGGAGCUGGGUUCAUCUGCCCGCAGCUCCUGGUUCUGAGCAGCCAGAACCUGCUGAGGACUCUGGGAUACUACAGAGUCAUCCUGUUCACCUUCUACGUGGAAGCUGGGGCUGCAGUCGUCAUGUUCAUUCUAGGGCCUCAACACUACUACAUCCUGGCAUUGUUUCUCACUGGAAACAUGGUGCUGAUCCAGGCUUCGUUUAGCCUGUUUAAUUUGCCUUUGGCUGACAUAAUUGAUGCCGACCUUUACAAGCACAAACGCAGCACUCCGCUGUCCUCAAUGGUGUUUGGCACCAAUGCCCUCUUCACCAAGCCUGCCCAGUCCCUGGCUCCUAUGCUCGUGGUCGGUAUACUGAACCAGGUUGGCUACGAGAAACUGAAGGACAUUGCUGCUGUUUCUGAUAAAGGUUCUUUGCAGGAGCUUCAUGAUGUCAUGUUUUAUUUGGUGUGCCUGGUGCCUGUAUGCGUUGCAGCUCUGCAGAUUUUGGCCUGGACUCCAUACUCAAUCCGGGAAAGCCACACAGUCGAUGCAAAAUACAUUGAGACUUAAAGACCGGGCACUGUGAGAGCACUGAGGACCAAGAGGAAGUCUGAUUUUGAUAACCACGGUCAAUAAAAAUAAAUAGUUUUUAAAGGGGGAAAAAAAAACUUUAUGGUGCUAUUUUUAAAUGUUCUUUGGAAUAUUGUAAUCGUUUCAUUUGUUGGUUGAUUGGUUGGUAAGAUAUGUCACUAUUGUAAUCUGAAACUAGGCCAUUAAGGUAAGAAGUAGGUCUAUAUUUUCAUUUUUAAAAAUAUAUAUUUCUAAAGAUUGUAGAGGUAACCGUUUUAUUCACCUUAUUUGUAGUUGCCAUCGAAACGCUUGACCUUAUUUGACACAUUUUUAAGAAGGUACCCUAUAUACACCCAGAGUGGCUGGAGAUUCACUUGCCAGUUUCGCACUACUUUAGUAGAAACCACAGAGCAAUGAGACAGAGGAGGCGGAGAUACUAGGCAAUGAAAAACAGCUCUCUCAGACUAACACUGUGGGUCAUUAGUCGGUAUCUGUCACCAGCACCUAGUGAUAGGACUGCAUUGACCUGCUCAUGGACCUCGCUCUUUAUUUUUCUAUCAUACUUUUUGUCGCUAAUUUAUUUUUUUCUUCUUUCUAUUCAAAAUAAAUAAAACAUUAAAUGCUCAAUUAUAAAAGUACACUUAUAAAAGUUAAAAGUCAUUUGUGGUUACUUACACCUGACGUGUUAUUGUUCUGUCCCUGCAUAACCUUCCUUCCAAUCUACCUGUCUUAUUUAACCCCUGUGAUAUUCUUGAAAUGUAUUUGUUUACGACUGUAAGUCGCCCUGGAUAAGGGCGUCUGCUAAGAAAUAAAUAAUAAUAAUAAUUCUGUAUGUACGUCUGUA